AUGGCGACAAAGGCUACACGCGCAGACUUCGAGAAAGUCUUUCCUUCUCUAGUGGAGGACUUGCUGGGCGAAGCCCGCAAGUACAACUUGCCUGAUAAUGCACUGCAAUGGUUUGAGAGAUCUCUCAAUGCCAAUACCCCAGGUGGGAAACUCAACAGAGGCAUGUCAGUUCCCGAUACUGGCUCGCAACUUCUGGAACGGCCGUUGUCCCCGGAGGAAUUUAAAGAUCUUGCAACUCUCGGUUGGCUCACGGAACUCCUGCAAGCCUUCUUCCUCGUUAGCGAUGAUAUAAUGGAUGCCAGCAUUACUCGUCGAGGAGAACCAUGUUGGUAUCGUCGGGAAGGAGUAGGGAUGAUCGCGAUCAACGACUCCUUCAUGCUGGAAUCGGGAAUCUAUCUCAUCCUCAAGAAGCACUUUCGGUCGCAUCCUGCCUAUCUCGACCUGAUCGAACUCUUUCACGAGGUGACAUGGCAGACCGAGUUGGGACAGCUGUGUGACCUGAUCACUGCUCCUGAGGACCAUGUCGACCUGAACAAUUUCAGCAUGGAGAAGUACACCUUCAUUGUCAUUUACAAGACGGCGUACUACUCCUUUUAUUUGCCAGUCGCCCUCGCCCUCCACUACCUCCGACUGGCAACCCCACAGAACCUGAAGCAAGCGCACGACAUCCUCAUCCCGCUAGGCGAAUACUUCCAGAUUCAAGACGACUAUCUGGACGCCUUCGGUGACCCUUCGGUCAUUGGCAAGAUUGGGACAGAUAUCAAGGAUAACAAGUGCGGAUGGUUAAUCAACCAGGCCUUGCAAAUAUGUACCCCGGAGCAAAGAAAAGUGUUGGACGAGAACUAUGGACAAAAAGAUGAUGCAAAAGAGGCCAAGGUCAAAGAGCUGUACAAUGAGUUGCAACUCGAAAAAAGAUACCGCGAUUAUGAAGAGAAACGUGUGGGAGAAAUCCGGCAGAUGAUUGCCAACGUCGACGAAAGCGCUGGUCUGAAGAAGGGCGUGUUCGAGGAGUAUCUGGCCAAAAUCUACAAGAGAAGCAAGUAA